AUGGCCUCAGCAAAUGACUCCUUAGUGACUGAGUUUAUCCUCCUGGGUCUUACACAACAGCCAGAACUGCAGCUGCCUCUCUUCUUCAUUUUCUUAGGAAUCUAUGUGGCAACCAUGGUGGGGAACCUGGGAUUACUUGUCCUCAUUGGGCUCAACCCCCACCUGCACACCCCCAUGUACUACUUUCUCUUCAACCUUUCCUUGGUUGACCUCUGCUACUCCUCGGUCAUAACUCCCAAAAUGCUGGUUAGUUUUCUAACAGUAAACUCCAUCCCGUACGCCGAGUGCAUGGUUCAGCUCUUUUUCUUCUGCUUCUUUGUUAUCGAUGAGUGCUAUCUCUUGACGUCCAUGGCUUAUGACCGGUACGUAGCCAUCUGCAAGCCACUGCUUUACAGGGUCAUCAUGUCCAGUCAGGUCUGUCUCAUGCUGAUGGCGGGUACAUAUAUGAUGGGCUUUCUGGGUGCCAUGGCCCACACAGUGUCCAUGCUGAGAGUCUCCUUCUGUGACGACAACAUCAUCAACCACUACAUGUGUGACAUACCUCCUCUCCUUCGUCUUUCCUGUAGCAGCACUCAUGUCAAUGAGCUGGUAGUCUUCAUUGUGGUGGGUAUCAAUAUCAUAGUGCCCAGUCUCACCAUCUCUCUGUCUUAUACUUUGAUCCUCUUCAACAUCCUCCACAUGCGUUCUACGGGGAGCAGAUCCAAAGCCUUCAGUACCUGCAGCUCCCACAUAAUUGCAGUCUCUCUCUUUUUUGGAUCAGCUACGUUCAUGUACCUUAUGCCUUCUCCUGCUGGGUCUCUUGGUCAAGAGAAAAUAUCCACAGUUUUUUAUACCAUUGUGGGGCCGAUGAUGAAUCCCUUCAUCUACAGCUUGAGGAACAAGGAUGUCCAAAUGGCACUGAGUAGGACUUUGAAGAAAUGGGUGUUCUAA